CUGUUAUGUUCUAUACUUGAAUCGUACCACUCAAACAUGGUUUGGCCUUCGGACCGACGCGGCACAAUAGCAUGCAGCUCCUGCCGGCAGCCGUUAGCGGCGCCGCCCAGCGCCCGAACACUCCGUUGCUCAAUAUGCAAGACCUCCACUACACUUGAAGAUAAAGGGCAGAGCAUCAGCCGCGGGCAGUACCGCUCGGGAAAUGCUUGGAAGCCAGAACUUCUUUCUAGUUGUUCUUCCAUUUCUGUGGGGGGAAGGAAGCGAGCGCUUCUUUGCGGCGUGAGUUACGAGCAGAAGGGGAAGUAUAAGCUCCAGGGACCUGUUCACGAUGUCAGGAACAUGAAGGAGUUGUUGAUUAAACAUUUUGGUUUUCCUGCGGAUUCAAUACGCGUUCUUACAGAAGAGAUGGACGAAGACUUUAUUCCAACAAAAGCAAACAUGGAAAGGUCUUUGCGUUGGCUUGUGGAGGACUGCAAGCCUGGUGAUUCGUUGGUGUUCUACUUCUCUGGACAUGGGCUGAGGCAACCUGAUUUUAAUUAUGAUGAGCUUGACGGUUUUGAUGAAACUCUUUGUCCUUCUGAUUUCAAGGCUCAAGGAAUGAUCUUUGAUAAUUAUAUAAAUGAUACCAUUGUUCGGCCACUUGUAAAGGAUGUCACGCUGCAUGCAAUAAUCGAUGCUUGUCAUAGUGGAACUGCUCUUGAUCUUGACUACAUUUACAACAAAGAGAAGGAAGAGUGGGACAGUAAUAGGCAUCCAUUAUGCCCUAUUAAUAAAGGUACAAAUGGUGGACUAGCCAUUUGUUUCAGUGCCUGUAGAGAUGAUCAAAUAGCUGCUGAUACCACUGCUUUCUCAAAAAAAUCCAUGUCUGGUGCCCUAACAAGUAGUUUUAUUACAACAAUUAAAGAAAAUCCUGGUAUAACAUAUGGACAUCUACUAAAAAUGAUACAAGAAGCCAUUGACAAGGUCAACAAGCGACGAUGCUUCAAAUUUACGUUUCUAAGAAAGUUGUUCAACCGAUUAUUGCUACAGGAUUUGAACUAGACUACGUAUGAAGGAGGCUGUCAAGCACUGUAGAGUUUUUUUUGUUUUAUUAAGUAUACUUUUCAUAUGAUUUGGUGAGUACAUGAAUUAAAAUUUUUGUUGUGUAUUGAUCAAAUUGAGUUUGUGGCUUGAGGCGUGCAGGAUACUCAGCUCUCAUCCUCAAACAAGUUUGACAUUUAUAACACUGUAUUCAAGUUGUAAUUUUAUCCUACACAGGAAUUUCUUUUUUCCAAAUUAGUGAUUGCAACCAUUUUAGAUUACAAUGUAAUCUUAUUUUUUUAUACAAUCAUAAAGUUGAUUGCCAAUGUAAUAGAAUUGUGCUUAAUGCACCUAAUAUUUGCCACUGAAAUAAAAGACCAAAAAGUGCAUCACAAGCA